GUUUGCACUGAUUGGACCUCUUCUCAGGACUGAGUGGGCAGGAACAGACGGUGCUUGACUGGCAUUAACCUCACUCUUGUUUGGAGAGAAGAUUGAGGCAGAAAUGAACCCACCGACUCCCAAAACUGACUUCUGCUCCACAACACAGCGGGAUUUCUGUGUCGAGGGGUUUGUGCCGUUAACCCCUGAAACAACACAAGUUCAUGAUUAUAAAAGUGACCAGGCCAUCACAUUUUGGAGUGAAAACUGCCAGCGAGUACAGGGUGUCACCGGCGUACGAAACCUGAAAGCUCCUUUUAAGAAGUCGGCCCUAUUCAGCACACCCAUCAGCGAGCGGCUGGAUGAAAUCGAGCUCCCGCCAGAUAACUGAGACAAUUUAUCGCAUAAAAUAUCUUCAUUACCAAUCCACAUGAAAGUGGUAACCCAUUGAAAAACAGAUAUUUUAUAACAGAUACUCAGCUGAGGUCAGGAUGAAAAAACAGAUAGAAGUUUGCUGACAUUUGGACUUUAAACCUGCCAAACAAACUAACUUUGAACUUAAUAAAACAGAUUUACUGAGACAUGUUUGCCUCCAUGUUUGGCCUCCUAAGUAAAUAAUUAUUUACUCCAUCUGUCAGCAGUCUGGUCAGUUCUGACCCGAAGCAUUAACGGUGACACACAGUGCAGACCGCAGCCCGUAAACAAACAACUAAAAGAAUACGGAAACGUAGCUGCACUGCUCCUCAUGUUGUGGUUUUGUUUUUUUCACUCUCCCUCUGACAUUUUCUUCCGCUUUUUCUUUUAAGAGUGUUUGGGAUUUAACCUUCUUACAUUGCUGCCUUUAUCACUCAAAACUGGACCAGUUUCAAAUAUUGUUGUUCACACAUUAGACACAAAAACAUGGGAAAACAGCGCCCAAGUUGGAAAAAAACUUAACUUACCCUUUAAAUUUGAAUUUCUGUAGGUGUCGUACGUCCUCUGUCUUCUCAGCCAAACCACCAGUUUGUCAGUCACUUCU